UAGUAUUUGCGAGUUUUUCACAGAAGAAGGAUCAUUCUACGAGCUGACUUCCCGGCCUUGAACUACACGUUCCGUCACUUUCCAAGAAGUUGUAAGCUUCGUAGUAAAUAUUGUUCCUACCGCACCAUCCUACUUUCAGGAUAGCGUAAGAUUGUUUUCUUGAGAUACGCCGGUGUCAGUGGUAGUGACGGUGAAGCCGGUUGUAGUUAUUCGAGCGUAAAGGAAAACUAAUUGAGCAGCAACAGAGGCAUCAACCACGAGCCCAGAAACAACUGUUGCUAAAAUUAAUUACCGUGAAAAAUAUUCGACAUUAAUUUGAAGUGACUUGAAGAGUGCUUUCCGAUUAAGGAGUUCUUUUUUCAAGUGGCAAAGUGACUUAGUGCGGGGUGACGAAAGAUUGCGUGUAUAUAUUUCUAUGUGUGAGGUUUUGUGGCUGCGGUCGUAGUUGGGAUUUUUUUGGUAGAAUAUGCCUGAUGAGAGGAGUGUCAUGGUGGAAGGAUUAAAAGGAUAUCAAGCUGAGGAGGAAGCGAAUGGCGAGGCAUCGGCCUGUGGAAAAAUUCUAAUAUUUCUAUCAUGGCUGCUCGUGAUUGUGACGAUGCCCUUCAGCUUGUUGGUUUGUUUCAAGGUUGUUCAGGAAUAUGAACGGGCCGUAAUUUUCCGUCUGGGGCGGCUAAUGCAAGGUGGCGCUAAGGGACCAGGAAUUUUCUUCAUCCUGCCGUGCAUAGACGCCUAUGCUCGCGUGGACCUUCGUACACGGACGUAUGACGUACCGCCCCAGGAGGUUCUGACGAAGGAUAGCGUGACAGUCUCAGUUGAUGCGGUAGUCUACUAUCGAGUUUCCAAUGCUACUGUGUCCAUAGCCAAUGUGGAAAAUGCACAUCAUUCCACCAGACUCCUGGCACAAACCACAUUGCGAAACACGAUGGGAACACGUCACCUGCAUGAGAUUCUAAGUGAAAGGAUGACCAUUUCAGGCACGAUGCAGGUGCAAUUGGACGAGGCAACCGAGGCUUGGGGAAUUAAAGUUGAACGAGUCGAAAUAAAAGACGUUCGUCUACCAAUUCAAUUGCAACGAGCCAUGGCUGCAGAAGCCGAAGCAGCCCGUGAAGCCAGGGCCAAGGUCAUUGCUGCUGAAGGUGAACAAAAGGCGUCACGAGCUCUCCGAGAGGCAUCAGAAGUUAUUGGCGACUCACCGGCUGCUCUGCAACUGCGUUACCUACAGACUCUGAAUACAAUAUCAGCUGAAAAGAACUCAACGAUUGUAUUCCCGUUGCCGAUCGACCUUAUAACUUAUUUUAUAAAAAGUACCGAAACAAAGUAAGAGCAGUUCAAUCUUUUUGCUCGUUUGAUAGAUGUAUUUUCAUUUGAAGGGAAUAAACUGAAGGAAAUCAUUGGUUUCAGUAGUUUUCUUAACGCAAACAUUUUUCAGCCGAAAUUACAAUUAAAUUUUCUACAAAUUUAAGCAACUUUUCAAAGAAGAAAACCAAAUUUUUUGCAAUUGCCAACUUAAAUGAGAAAUUUAUUAUUGUUAUUACCUUUAUAAAAAUCUAGUGGGAUUUCAACUUAGAUACCUGUUUACUACCCUUAUUUUGAAUAUAGUUGUAUGAUGUUGAAAUGUGAAUGUAUUUUGAAUUUUAUAGCACUUUAUAUUGUUGUAAGAAGUCAGAACUUUUAUUCUUGAUGUUGUGUCAGUGAUGUUAGUGGAUAUGUAAAAGUUUAGGGGACGUAGGGAAUAGUUCUUUGAAAAGAAGCACCAAAAAUAUUGCAAUGUAUUUCUUUUAAGCUGAAUUCAGAUGAUGAAAUUCGAAAAUAAACUGUCCAAUUAAAAUAUGGAUGAAAA